AUGGGAUGUUGCGCUUCGGUCGAAGAUGGUGCAGGAAAACUGCGUAGCGAAGAAAUUGAUAAUGAAUUGCGCAUGGAGAAAAUGAACAUACGUAAUGAAGUCAAGCUUCUAUUACUAGGUGCUGGCGAAUCGGGCAAAUCGACGAUUUUGAAGCAGAUGAAGCUGAUACACGAUAGUGGAUUUUCACCCGACGAACGACGAGCGUUUCGCGAAAUCAUCUUUAGCAACGCGAUCCAAUCGAUGCAUGUCCUUCUGGAAGCCAUGGAGACUCUUAAUAUCCCAUUGGCCGAUGCCGGACGCCAAGCUCAUUUUGACUUGAUUAUGCGUCAACCGAGUCAAAUGAACAACAACUAUCAGACGAUGCCUCCUAAUAUUGUCCAAGCGAUCAAAGAGUUAUGGAUCGAUGACGGUGUCCAGGCCACGUUUAAACGCAGCAAUGAAUAUCAACUGAAUGACUCUGCUGCUUAUUAUUUCGAAUCGAUAGACCGUAUUGGCCGGCCCGAUUAUAAUCCAACCGAUCAGGACGUUCUGCGAUCGCGAGUAAAAACGACGGGCAUCACCGAAACCAAAUUUAAUAUCGGCGAGUUAACUUAUCGGAUGUUCGAUGUGGGUGGACAACGAUCGGAACGGAAAAAAUGGAUCCACUGCUUCGAAGAUGUGACAGCGUUGAUCUUCCUGGUCGCGAUCUCCGAGUACGAUCAGACAUUGGUGGAAGAUGAAUCAGUGAACCGCAUGCAAGAAGCGUUAACGCUUUUUGACUCGAUCUGCAACUCACGGUGGUUUGAAAAGACAUCGACAAUUCUGUUUUUGAACAAGACAGAUAUUUUUAAACAGAAACUCCUUCACAGCCCGUUGGCCAAUUACUUUCCCGAUUAUAAAGGCACCGACACGUACGAUGAAGCCAGCCACUACAUCAUGCUCCGAUUCACUUCACUGAACUCUUCGGCAGACAAACAAGUGUAUACCCAUUUUACGUGUGCAACCGACACAGAGCAAAUCAAAUUCGUCAUGUCGGCUGUCAACGAUAUCAUUUUACAAACCAAUUUGCGAGAUGUGGGUCUGAUCUAA